GGCAUACGCAUUUUCUGAGUAAAAAAACCCCACAAUAUUAAUCAAAUUCUCAAAGUGAGUCUAAGAACUAAAAAUCGCAUCGCGCUGAAACACCUCUUCGCUACGGAGAGAAAUUCAGCGGCUCCCAGACAACUGGCCGCACAUUCGAUCAUCUUUCAACUUUCGUUCAAUUUAGCAGUUUCUGUCUUCGUGAAAAAUUUUAGAGAAACGGAAAGUUCACUCUCUUCGGAGACGAUAUGCAGUCGACGCUCAAGGCAUGUGAUUAAAUUUAUUAAAAUAAAAGCAAAAACGGAAACAGGGCCCGUGACGAAUCUGCUACUUCCAAUGUAAAGGUCCUGUCAGUCAAGGAGGAAGAAUCUUCCGUCGCUUCGAGCUCGGCACCAGGCUCCGUGGGAAAGGAAGCCCGAGGCUUGCUGAGAACAUGAACGAUUGGAUGCCCAUCGCCAAGGAGUAUGACCCGCUUAAAGCUGGCAGCAUUGAUGGCACCGACGAGGACCCACAUGAUCGAGCUGUCUGGAGGGCGAUGCUGGCACGAUAUGCCCCCAACAAGGGCGUCACAGGAGACCCCCUCCUCACCCUGUUUGUGGCGAGACUAAACCUGCAGACCAAAGAGGAGAAGUUAAAGGAAGUAUUUUCCCGCUAUGGGGACAUCCGGCGGCUUCGGCUGGUGAGGGACUUGGUCACGGGCUUUUCGAAGGGCUAUGCCUUCAUUGAGUACAAAGAGGAGCGUUCUCUGCUCAAAGCUUACCGGGACGCCGAUGGCCUGGUUAUUGACCAACACGAGAUAUUUGUGGACUAUGAACUGGAAAGGACUCUCAAAGGGUGGAUUCCUCGGCGACUUGGAGGAGGCCUGGGGGGGAAAAAGGAAUCGGGGCAGCUGAGAUUUGGGGGGCGGGAUCGGCCUUUCCGAAAACCCAUUAACCUGCCCGUUGUUAAAAACGACCAGUUUCGAGAGGGAAAGAGGGAGAGAAGGGAGCGAUCUCGAUCGCGAGAGAGACACUGGGACUCCAGGAUGAGGGAUCGGGACCAUGACAGGGGCCGGGAGAAGAGGUGGCAGGAAAAAGAAUCAACCAGGGUGUGGCCAGAAGGUGACUGGGACAGAGGAAGGGACUUCAGAGAUGACAGGGUCAAGGGGAGGGAGAAGGGGGACAGAAGUAAGUAGACUCCAUCCCCUGCCAAACCCAAACCAAGGCACCCGACCAGUAAAAGUGCCGGAGAGGCCUGCACUGCUUGUAUACAGAAUCCAAGUCCAGUGGUUGAAUAAAACUUACUGAUGAAAACA